GCGGCCCUUGAAUCGCCUAACCGUCGUGCGUGCCGAUAAAACACUCGUCAAUUCUCUCUUUUCCUCCUCAUCCUCAUACCAUCACCGCCCUCAUCUUCAUCCUCAAACGUCUCUUCAUCGCCUGUCUGUCCUUUCCUUGUUUCCACCGAUCAUCGUCUCUCCUGUCGAUCGCGCAACACGGUCCUUGUGGUCUGCGUCUUUCAUUCCUUGACGACAGCACUUCGUACAUCGUACUAAAACCGAGCCCGUCUCCGUUGUUCCAACGACCAUUCCCGUAAAUCAGCAGACGCGUGCGUCUUUGCUCACCUGGCAUCCUGUCGACUGCCAGCACCUCCCAUAAUGAGCCUCGCUGAACCAGCUCAAAUCAAUCCCACCGCCAUUGCCGGCGACCGACGGAGCACAAUGGCCGACGAGAGGAGCGUUGGCGGCGAUUCAACGCCACGAGCGAUUGAUGGCACAUCAUCCGACCGUCUGGUGGAGCAGUUCAAGAAGGAGAGCAAGAGUAAGAAGCGAAGCCUUUUCGGCUUCGGCAAGAAGAAGAUGGACGCUUCCCCCAAGGCUGGCCCUGGAACCGAGAGCCCGAGUGUCGCCAAGGGACCGUCAAAAACAUCCACCGCUCGCUCUGCCGCUCGAUCAACCACGUCGCCAAUCCAGCUCACCCAUGGCGACCAUCCGUUUGCCCCUGUUUCUCCAACCCGUGCGUUCUCCGGCUCUCCGAGAAUAUCCUCCCCUGCAACCUCCCAGAUAUUCGAACGUGAUGUGCAAGACUACUCCAUCUUGAAAUCCUCGUCUCCAGCCAUUCCAAGCCACAUCCAGACGGAGAACCAUAUCCCUCCCGUCCUGGAUGACGCGUCAGAAGCAAUCACCAACAACAGCUUGGAUCCCGAUAGCGUUGAGAUUGUUACACACGCUUCGCACCAGCCUGCUUCGGCAGUCGUCCCCGGCACAAGCGCCAUCCACACCCCGUACGAUCAAGUCUCGACUGAUUGGGCUACAGAGCUCGCCUCAUUUGCAAACCGCAUUGGUUUCCCAGCCGAUAGCGCGUCCAACUACGGCUCUCUUGACUCUGCUGAUGUGCGCCGCCUCUCAUUCAUCUCGUUUGCAGAUGUUGUUCAGGCGGAACACAGCGGCCACCACCUGCCCUCCAUGUCGUCUCGAGAUAACAUGCACAUUGUCGGUCUCACGUCACUUUCUGCAUCAGCCAUGAACCGAUCGCCAUCACCCAUUCGUUCGCCAGUCUCCAGCCAGGGCCCUGGAACUAGCCCGCCAACAAGCAAUCCCGGCAGCAUAAAAGGUUUGGAUAUGAGCCCGUCAAGGAAACCGAUAGGCAGCCCAGGCAGCGGACAUUAUACUCUCGCGACGCCCGGAGAACUCAACAUCGAGACAAUGAGCCAGGCACUGAAACGCACAGGAAGCCGAGACUUUAACAGCAGCGUGCGCAGCAAUCCUCAGAGCCCUAUUGAGGCGCCGGGUUCGCGAUAA